AUGUCCGACAGACACUGGGGAAGAAUCAACAGGGAUCCAGACAGAUUCAAGUGUACCCUCUGGUCCAGUAAACAGCAAGGCAAGUUAAAUACCGCGUUACUACGGCGGAACGCUAUAGAACAUGAUAUUUGUGUCCAUCAUGCUGCGGACAUUGCCCUCGUCACUCCUCGUACAGAAAUGCAGAUCAGAAGGUUCUCGGGCUGUGUCUAG